AUGGAGCCCCGUAAUGGUUCAAUUGCUCUUGUCAUCGUUACAACUAAAGAAUUAGCCCAAAAAGUUGAAUUCUUCCCUAAGCAUUUUCGUUUAAACUGCAUUUUCCGAGUUGCCUGCCUCCAUAGCGGAGCUACAACCCCUGGUAGAUUACUGGAUUUCUUGGAAUCUGGUUAUGUCCACCUUCGCCACACUACUUAG